AUGGGGUUGCCGGUUUCUGGGCAUCCUUACCAUUGGGUACCAUAUCCAUGGUACGUUGGGGCUUCCCCAAAUGCAUCAUCGCCGGGGACUGGGAGUAGCCUGAGCAACCCCCAGCUCGACGGGAGCCUGCCAACCACGAAUGGGGUAAACUCAGCCGUCGGUUCAAAACAAGUGAGCGGGUCGGGUGAACCGGGUUUAGGGUCGAAUCCCUACCCGGGUGUUUCUAAUGCGGCUUAUGGAUCUGGAUUUAACGGAUCGGGUACAGGGGCGAACCCCUACCCAAAUUUUCCACCGGGCUUCCUUCCGUUUCCGAUCGCUGCCGUCACUGGCCGACCGGAACCUAGCGACCCUUUAUAUGUAUCAACCGCCGACGAUCCAGAAUUGAAAUUGAUUAGUCUACAUCUUACCGGGUCGGAGAAUUACUCCAAAUGGUCACAGGAUUUCCGGCGGGCCCUUGUGACGAAGGAUAAAGACGGAUUUCUCGACGGAAUAAUACCCAUACCGUCGGACGAGCGACUGGCCAGGCACUGGAGAAAGUGCAACCAUCUCAUCCGAACGUGGAUCGGCAAUUGCAUCUCUCCAGAGGUGGCCGCCGGGCUUCCUCCGACGGAAGAUUCAAAAAGGAUGUGGGAUAACAUCAAAAAAAUGUACGGGAAACUAGAUUGA